GGGAGGGAACCAUAGAGAGCGGCGGGAGGGUCUGGCAGCAGACCCCCGAGGCGAUGCUGCAGGAGGCAGCCCCUUAGCCCCCGCCAUGCCGUUCUCCGACUUCGUCGUGGCGCUCAAGGACAACCCCUACUUCGGGGCCGGGUUCGGCCUGGUCGGGGUGGGCACGGCCCUGGCCCUGGCGCGGAAGGGGGCUCAGUUCGGCCUGGUAGCUUUCAGGCGCCAUUAUAUGAUCACCCUGGAGGUGCCCAGCAAAGAUAAGAGCUACCACUGGCUGCUGAACUGGAUCUCGCACCACGCCAAGCACACGCAGCACCUGAGCGUCGAGACGUCGUACCUGCAGCACGAGAGCGGGCGCGUCAGCACCAAGUUCGACUUCGUCCCCAGCCCCGGGAACCAUUUCAUCUGGUAUCGGAGGAAGUGGAUUCGCAUCGAGCGCAACCGGGAGAAGCAGAUGAUCGACCUGCACACGGGGACCCCCUGGGAGUCUGUCACCUUCACGGCGCUGGGCACCGACCGGGAGAUCUUCUUCAACAUCCUGCAGGAAGCCCGGGAGCUGGCUCUGCAGCAGCAGGAGGGGAGGACGAUCAUGUACACGGCCAUGGGGGCGGAGUGGCGGCAGUUCGGCUUCCCCCGCCGCCGCCGGCCUCUCAGCUCCGUGGUGCUGGAGGAAGGCGUGUCGGAGAGGCUGGUGCAGGACGUGAAGGAGUUCAUCGACAACCCCAAGUGGUACAGCGAGAGAGGGAUCCCGUACCGAAGAGGCUACCUGCUGUACGGCCCUCCCGGCUGUGGGAAGAGCAGCUUCAUCACAGCCCUGGCCGGGGAGCUGCAGUACAGCAUCUGCCUGCUCAGCCUCAGUGACCGCAGCCUGUCCGACGACCGGCUCAACCACCUCCUGAGCGUGGCGCCGCAGCAGAGCAUCAUCCUCCUGGAGGACGUGGACGCUGCCUUCGUCAGCCGGGACCUCGCUGCUGAGAACCCUGCUGCGUACCAAGGCAUGGGGCGCCUCACCUUCAGCGGCCUCCUCAACGCCCUGGAUGGCGUGGCCUCCACGGAGGCCAGGAUCGUCUUCAUGACCACCAACUACGUGGACAGGCUGGACCCAGCCCUGGUGCGGCCGGGACGCGUGGACCUCAAGCAGUACGUGGGGCACUGCUCCCGCCGGCAGCUCGCCCGCAUGUUCCAGCGCUUCUACCCCGAGCAGCCCCCGGCCGCGGCCGAGCGCUUCGCGGAGCGGGCGCUGGGGGUGUGCGAGCAGCUCAGCGCCGCCCAGGUGCAGGGCCACUUCAUGCUCUACAAGGCAGACCCCGGGGGAGCCGUCGAGAACGUGGGCUCCAUGCUGCUGUGAGCGGGCUGAGC